AUAAUUAUUCGACACCUGGGAACGGGAUGUAUAUGAAUGGGACUUUGUCUUUGGUCGUCACACACUCAAGAACAUUACAACUGGCGGUGCGUGUCGGUCAGCAAAUGUGCUGAUCUCCAUAAAAAAUAGGAUUAUUGAAUUUUGAUUUGUGUGCAUUAGGAAAAUUACAAAAAAAAAUCACAAUUGAGAAAGAUGGGGAUUUUAUUACUUGUAAUUUAUCUCUGUUCUUCAGCUGUUAAUUUUGGUAAUGCAUGCGAUGUAGAAGACUGUCAGGAAAAAUACGAUGAAGUCAAUGACGUCAUCAACAGGGUUCCAGCGCCAAGAUUUGCUUGCAGGGCUCUAAACGAGUACAUAGAGUGUCUUGCAGACCAACUAGGCGAUUGCUCUAUCCCGCAUAGAUCUGCAAUUCAGCAUGUAAAGUCCAGGUGGACAAAAUAUGUGAGCACCUGCAAUAGUGUACUGCCCUUUCAGGAUGAAGACAGCAGUGAGACCACCGUCACUGUGUCAGUCCAGAACGGCGUGGACGAGGUCCGAAACCAGUUAAACGGUGUUAUGUUAUUACCACAGCCUGUACAGUCUACUUUUAUGCAGAAAUUAGUGAGCGACCAACCGCUAACUCAAGACAGAGUUCUUGGAAACUUAGCCGGUAGAACAGGUGUACUAAAUAACAUAAAGGAAAUUGUUAAAGAAACCGUUGAUGAAGUUAUUGAUAGUUCCAGGGAAAUUCCAGACCGUGUUGACGAUGUUAUUGAAAACGUUCGUGAUAUGGUCAUUUCUAAAAUUAAUAGUGCUCAUCCCAUCAUUCAACAACUCGCUGACAAAAUAGAGGAUAAGAUAGACGAACAUGAGGAUAAUUCACAUGAAGAUGAUGACAAACUAAGCAGGGAAGUAGACAACACCCAAAGCGAAGAAGAUUUGAUUGAAAAUUCGGAGAACAACAGUGUUGAGGAAACUUUCGACGACAUUGUUGACUUUCUGAACGAUCACCUCUCGGCAGAUGAUGGACAUAUCCAAACCGAUUUAGAGGAUGUUGACAGUAAUGAGAUAGAGGACAGUCGUGAAGACACUGUAGACGAUAUUGAUGAUAGCAAUGAUGUAAGUAAGGAUAAAGAUAACUCAAAGGACCAUGACAAUGAAAGUAAUGAAGAAAACACUAGCAUCAGCGCCACCGAAGAUAUCGAUGAUUCAGGAGAAGAUGGCGACAGUAAUGAAAACGAUGAUCUUGAGGUUUCACUCGAUACAGACAACAAUAGCGAUUUACUCGAUGAUAUUGAAAUUGAUACCUCGGAUGAAAAUAUCCUAGCCACUGAUGAUUCAGAUGAAAACGAAAUCUCUCUUAUCAAAUUAAACAGUCAAAACGACGAUUCAAACGAAAAUGAUGAUAGUGAGGAUCUUGACAGUAACGGCGAUGACUCGCAUGAACAUUCCGAAGAACAUAAUGUUGAACAUGACGAUAGCAACGAAAUUGACAUUCUAGACAGUCACCGGAUUGUUGAUGACAGUGAUGAAAACGACAAUCAAGACAGCAAUGCAGAUGUUAGCGAUGAAAAUGACAGCGAUGAAUACGACAAUCAUGAACACAAUGAUGAUAGUAAUGAACAUGAUGAUAAUAGUGAAAACGACAACAGUGAUGAAAAUAACGACAGUCAUGAACACGGUGAUAGCCAGGAUGAUUCACAUGAACACAGCGAAAACCAAGAUGAUUCUCAUGAACACGGACAUAGCUCAGAAGGACACAGCCAACUAACAGUUCUUACAGAUCCAUCCACGGGCACAGCAAAUAAGGAGGGUAAUUCCCGGCGUAGGUCUGGUACCGGAGUGGGCGGGGUCCAUCAGUACAGUUCACUAGGAGGAGACGACAGCUCCGGGUCAUUCAUUGCGCCGUGGACGACACUUCUUCUCAUUUGUGUUGCCUUGGUGAUGUAAACAAGACAUUUUCCACCCCAAAUCUUCCAUUCAUUGUGCCAUAUUGCAGGAGAAAGUGAUGACCAUUUAUGGAGAUGUUUUAUGUAUUAUUUAAUGUAUUUGUAUUCGACUGUCUUUUGAUGUGAUUGGUGCUACUAUUUGGACAAAUGCUUUACGUCUUCUGUUUUUAUAGUUUUGUUAUAAAAUAUUUGAAUAAAAUUAAUUUUUAUCUUUU